AUGACUACGAAGCAUUCCAUCAACUAUGGAACAACACUCGUCCAAGAUAGUUUGCAUAGACUGAUCCUGUCUAACCCUUUCUUGCGAUAUGACGAGGGUAUCAAAGGCCUAGUCGGCGAUGGCCUUCUCAGUGCCGGAGUGUCAGGGUCUAUUUCUGCGUCUCCGAGUGUGCACCAAAUUCAAACCACAAAAUCUCGAGUGGGCGACUCUGCCGGCGCCCUGCUGGUGACCAUGAAUUACACAGGCGAUAUACUGUACUUUCACCUGGCAGCUGAAAAGUCCCACCUUGCUGGCUUCGAUACUGCCGUGCUAGUCGUCGGGGAUGAUGUGUUGGUUGGUCGACGCAAGAGCGGCAGAGUCGGAAGACGAGGUCUUGCAGGUGCUGUCCUCGUUGAGAAGGUCCUCGGAUCCCUGGCAAAACAGGACAAGAUGAAUAUCAGCUACUCUGCAAAGUCGGUGAAGACUUACUGA